GAGACUGCCAAACUUUAUUCAAACAUAAGUUGGAAGCAUUUUGUCAACAUCGUUCUUAACCAAGAAUUAUUCAGAAAGUUAACUUUGGAAGAAAUAUAUGAAGGCCAAACAAAUCUCAUGUUUGAGGCUCAACUGUUGAUCCACUGGGCUCCAAUCUGGUUGACAUCAGAGGUGUGUAGUCACUCAUACAUUCCAGAUAUAGUUCUACAGACAGAAAACUUAGAUUCUGAGUUUAAAUCCCUUCUAGGUAUUCUUGGUUUAACUCAGUCAGAUUUCUCCUUUCCACAGAUUGUUGUUAAAGGAACCCAAAGAAAAUCUGUCGAUGAAAAUAAACCAUCUAACCCAGAAGAUUAUAAACAAUAUUUCUCACAGUUAAACAAAGCUCAGGUUUAUAGUUUGUAUGAGAUUUACAAGAUGGAUUUUGAACUGUUUGACUAUUCUGUUCAAAAAUAUUUAGAAUGUUCUCUUGAUUGAACAGUA